AUGCCUAACCAAGAACCAACAAUUACAACUUCAACUUCAAAUGAAAUCGAUAUCGAUUCUCAUGAUAAUUCAUUACCAGUUGUUAAAAUCUUAGGUACUGGUGGUACUAUUGCUUCAAAAGGUACUACAAAUACUCAAACUGCUGGUUAUAAAGUUGAUUUAAAUAUUGAAGAUCUUGUUAAAUCAGUUCCAGAUUUAGCAAAUAUUGCACAUUUAAAAUAUCAACAAAUUGUUAAUUUAGAUUCAAAAGAAAUAAAUUCAACUCAUUUAUUAUUAUUACAUCGUGAAAUUAAAAAAUCUUAUUUAGAAGAAGGUAUCAAGAGUUUUGUUAUUACUCAUGGUACUGAUUCUUUAGAAGAAACUGCAUUUUUCUUAGAAUUAACUGUUAGUUAUCCAGAUAUUGUUAUUGUUAUUACAGGAUCUAUGCGUCCACAUUCAUCAAUUUCAUCUGAUGGUUCAUUUAAUUUGUAUCAAGCAGUUGCUGUUUCAGCAAAUGAAAAAUCAAAAGGUAGAGGUGUCUUAGUUGUAUUAAAUGAUUCAAUUGGUAGUGGGUUUUAUAUUACCAAAUCAAAUGCAAAUUCUUUAGAUACUUUUAAAUCAAUUGGUCAAGGUUAUUUAGGUAGUUUUGUUGAUAAUGAAGUUCAUUAUUAUUAUCCACCAUCAAAACCUUUCCCAAAAUCUCUAAGUUUUGAAAUUGAUUCAGAACGUUUAACACGUCUUUUACAAUUUAGUUCAAAUCCAGAUUCUGCUAAAAGAAGACAUGAAUUCCCAGAAGUUACCAUCUUGUAUAAUUAUCAAGGUUUCAAUCCACAAUUAAUUGAAUUAGCAGCUCAACAAAUGGAUUCAAAAGCUCUAGUGUUUGCAUGUUCCGGGGCAGGUUCAUUAACUGAUGAAACUAAUGAAAUUUUAAAAUGGGUUUGGCAUAAAUAUAACAUCCCAGUUGUCUAUUCUAAAAGAUCAAUGGAUGGUACUGUUCCAAGAGCUUCAUUACCAAAAAAUGAUAAUGGUGAAGUUUAUAAAGGUGCUAUUGCAGGUGGUUAUCUAAAUCCACAAAAAUGUCGUAUCUUGUUACAAUUAGCUUUGAAUCAAGGUUAUAAUGUUAGUCAAAUUAAGAGUAUUUUCGAAAGUGGUGGUAUCUAUGGUGGUUAG